AGCACCUGUGUCACCGUAAACACGUCUUCUUUGCCUUGCUCGAAGCUUCAAUAUUGCGUGACCCAAUUACCUUAUUGUGGCCCGGGAUUAAUAUUGAUCCGUGGCCGUUUGUUUGUGUACAGCUUUACUUAUCUUAGACCCAACAACAACCUUCCUCACUAGCAACGACAGCCGACUCGACAAUUCUGCGUCCGGAGAUCUCGACCGAGAGUGUUUCUGGAUCAUUUUCGGAAACUUAAUUCCUGCAGAAGGUCAUCCACGCUGUGCAGUACACCUAAGCAGCGUCAUGGCUUCCGUGCCUGGUUCUGGCGGUGGACCUGGCACUGUCGAUGAGGCUCGAUCUGCCGCAGCUAACACCCAUGAGGUCGAUCCACAAUAUCUCUAUAUUUUGCCAACCUUCUUCACGGUCACCGAAGAGUUGAUGCGUAUAGCUGAGCUCAAGACAUAUAAACCCGAAAGAAUAUACGCUUGUAUCCUCCGAUCUCUGGCAAAUCCCGCAAAAUAUCCAGAGCAUCUCCGGACUCGGAUCAGUGAUGCCCAAGGUGUAUUGGGCACACCAGGCGUAAGCAAAGAUGUUAAUAACGCGCUGGCAUGGUUCGGACUGAGUUUCCAUCAAGACUCAUUUAAUGAGAUUUCACGCGUGUACAACCAAGCUUGCCAUCUGAAAAUUCCCAUUCUGGCCACACACUUUCUGGUCGAGGACGAAGCAAAAGCGCGGAAAUACGUCGAUCUGGGAGUGAAAGUCGACCCGAGCACGAUGAUGUUCAGUACACCUUCGUCUCUGGCGGCUGCUGCUCAAGACCACGAGAAGGUUCUUCAACUCGUCCAACCAUAUGGAUGGGAUCGUACAAUUACAAGAUGCUCUCACAAGGUCACAACCAAGAUCGGGGGUGGUCUCACAUUUGAUCGUGUCUGUACUUGGAUCGAAGAUCGAGUCGCAUUUCGGGAACAAGUACUUGAAAAGUACCGGAAGCUUGUGUGGACUCUUGCCCUCGGUGAUGAGGUAGGUGAACGCUUUACUGAGAGUUCAACCAGGUGCUAA